AUGAAAAAAAAUAUAAUUAAAAUUUUAUCACCAAUAUUAAAUUUACCUACACCUGCCAGAAUUAGUUUUAUAUGAAAUUUUGGAUCUUUAUUAAUAAUUUGUUUAAUUAAUCAAAUUUUAACAGGAUUAUUUUUAGCAUUUCAUUAUAAAACAGAUAUUAAUUUAGCUUUUCAAAGAAUUAUUAAUAUAAAUCGAAAUAUUAAUUUUGGAUGAUUAAUUCGUUCAUUCCAUGCUAAUGGAGCAUCUAUAUUUUUUAUUAUAAUUUAUAUUCACAUUAGACGAGGAAUUUAUAUAAACUCAUUUAAUUUUAAAAUAACAUGAAUUAUUGGAGUUUUAUUACUUUUAUUAACUAUAAUAACAGCUUUUGUAGGUUAUGUAUUACCAUGAGGACAAAUAUCAUUCUGAGGAGCCACAGUAAUUACAAAUCUUCUUUCAGCAAUUCCUUAUUUAGGAAAUUCAAUUGUAAUUUGAAUUUGAGGAGGGUUCUCAAUUAAUAAUGCAACAUUAACACGCUUUUUUUCAAUUCAUUUUAUUCUUCCAUUUAUUAUUAUUUUAUUUACUUUUAUUCAUUUAUUUUUUUUACAUAUAACAGGAUCAAAUAAUCCAUUAGGAAUUAAUAGAAAUUUUGAUAAAAUUACUUUUUCACCAUACUUUUUAAUUAAAGAUUUAAUUGGAUUAAUUAUAUUCAUAUGAAUAUUUUUUAUUUUAACUUUAAUUUUUCCUUAUUUAUUAAAUGACCAUAAUAAUUUUAUUAUAGCAAAUUCAAUGAUUACUCCAAAUCAUAUUCAACCAGAAUGGUAUUUUUUAUUUUCAUAUUCAAUUUUACGAGCUAUUCCUAAUAAAUUAGGUGGAGUUAUUGCUUUAAUACUAUCAAUUUUAAUUUUAUUAAUUAUACCUAUAUUAAAUAAUAAAAAUUUUUUAAGAAAUAAAUUUUACCCUUUAAAUAAAUUUUUAUUCUGAAUUUUUAUUAUAACAUUUUUUAUAUUAACAUGAAUUGGUAUACAACCAGUAGAAUAUCCUUUUAUUUUAAUAGGUCAAAUUUUUACAAGAAUUUACUUUUUAUAUUUUUUUAUUAAUUUUUAUAUUAUAAAAAUAUGAGAUAAAUUACUAAAUCAAUAA